ACUAUUAGAUUCAUAGAGUAAAAACUUCCACCCUGGUAUAUUUUUACAACAGUAUACUGAUUGUUCAGAGAUAACGCUUGUCAUAGUCCGAUAAAAAUUCUUAAAAUGCAAUCAGCGUGUCGUAUUGAAUUUAAACUAACCGUGGCCGAGUUACACUUAAAACGAAAGUACGUUAUUUUAUAAGUGACAUAAAGGACGCCCGGAUAGCAACAGAUUUUGACUUGUUAAUUUUACCACUCAGUGGCAGUUUCGCGAAACACCCUAUAGCAACAGAUGCUGGUUUUAUUUAUGGAUAUAUCAUUCUAGAUGGAUACAGAAAUCAACCCAUGGCCCGUUGUGUGUGCUAUUGACUUUGGGACUACAUACAGUGGAUAUGCUUAUUCCAUGCGUACUGACUAUGAGAGGAAUCCCCUGUGUAUCGAGGCGAACCCAGCCUGGUUCAACGACGGCCAAGGAACAAUGAAAACGCCUACGUGUAUUCUAUUCGACAAGUCCAAAAACUUUCACUCGUUUGGGUAUGAGGCUGAGAGGAAGUAUGCCUCUUUAGCAGAAAAAGCUCAAGAGGGACAGAAUGGGGAUGAAGAUGAGGAUGAUGACGACGAAGACGACGAAGAUGACGAAGACAGUGGUAGCGACGAGAAGGAAAGGGGGAGCAGAAGAGAAGACAAUCUUGAAGAUUGGCUUUUCUUCCGGAGAUUUAAAAUGAACCUUUUCCAGAAUGAAGAUUCGACAGUGAGAAGAAGGAAGUUAAACAAAUUACAUUUGAGUGCAGAAAAUGGAGAAAAACUUCCAGCCUUGACAGUAUUUUCAGAAGCCAUAAGAUAUCUCAAAAGACACUUUGAAAGUUUACUGGAGAAUACAACACUGCGACAAGAUGGCAGUCGAAGCAACAGUCCUAUAAUAUCAGCAGACGAUGCACAACAAUUAUCAGACGACAGUGAAUGUACGCAGAACUCUAAUGCAUCACAGGACAAUUUGGAAACAAUGAAGAAUUCCGAUUCGAACGUUUUAUCUUGGUCUGACGAUAUUUUGUGGGUUCUAACUGUUCCUGCUAUUUGGUCUGACGAAGCCAAACAGUUCAUGAGAGAAGCUGCUAUUCAGGCCGGUAUUGAGGAUGAUAAACUGGUUUUGGCAUUAGAGCCGGAGUCGGCAGCUCUGCUUUGUAAACAGCUAGCCCUAACUAAAGGCGUUGACGACAUCAACAUCAAGAUGUUUGACACCGGAAGCAAGUUCAUGGUGGUAGACUGUGGAGGCGGUACAGUAGAUGUAACAGCUUAUGAGGUGAAAGACAGCAACUCUCUGAGAGAAAUACACUGUGCCUCAGGGAAUGACGUAGGAGGAACCAAUGUCGACAGACUGUUCUUCGAUCUAAUACAAGAUAUUUUUGGGAAGAAAGCAGUCAAAUGUUUCAAAGACAAAUCCCCGUCUGAUUAUUUAGAACUGUUGAGAAGCUUUGAAACGAAGAAACGCGGCAUCGAACAAGAAAAUCCCGAUGAGGAAAAGGCUGAAACAAUUACUUUUUCAAACCUUUCGGAUCUUUUCAAAGAAUGCAGCAAUGCUAACCAGUACAAUGAUAAAGCAGUAACCUCACGAAUACAAGAGAUGGGCUUGAAGAAGAAAAUAAAAUCAUUCAGUCGUGCAAAGUUACGCUUUGAUGCGAAUUAUUUGAUUGAGGCUGUCUUUAAAGGGCCAAUUUCGGCCAUAGUAAGUCACCUACAAAAUCUCUAUCAAAAUGAGAAGGUAGCUGAAAUCGAUAUUAUUUUACUUGUGGGUGGCUUCUCCGAAUGUCCGUUAUUACGGAAAGCUAUUAGAGCUCAAUUUCCCAACCGAAAUGUGAUAAAUCCGCGAGAAGGAAGCAUCGCUGUGAUGAAAGGGGCUGUUCUGUUUGGACACAGCCCCGAAAAUAUGAUACGGAAAUACAUACAACUAGGACAAGUACUUCCAUCCAAUGAGACCCAGGGUAUUAUCCGGAAAAGCAAGGCGUAUUAUGGCGUCGCUACAGACGUCCCUUUCAUUGAAGAUGAACAUUCACAGAUACAUAAAUUUAUCAGAGAGGGUGGGGAGGUGAUGUGCACGGACAUCUUUGAUUGCUUGAUUGAAAAAAACCAGGAACUGAGGAUAGAUACUGUCAUAGAAAAAACAUUUUGUUCAUCCAACUGUUAUGAGGCGAACGUUGAAAUUUACCGAUCUGACAAAAAGACCCGUUAUUGUUCUGAUGAGGGUUGCAAAAGGAUUGGACAAAUUCCGGCUGUAUUUUCAUCAGGUGGUCAUUCUUCUGAAAAAAGAUUGUUUAAAAUCCAGCUACAUUUUGGGUUUACGGAGAAAAUAGCCACAGCUGUUGAUCUUACAACACAACGAUCUUGGAAAGUGAAACUUAACUGUCUUCUUUGAUAUUGUUCAAAUUAAGGAGAAAUUACACAUCAUCGUAAUGGCUGACUUCAUUUUGAAACACAGCUAAAUAUAUAAGUCUCACCAAUACAUGUAUCUUCCUUUACAAUUUGAUCACCAAUAGCUGGGUAGUUCAGCGGGAUAACGCGUCCACUAUCGCCUAUAGCUGGGUAGUUCAGCGGGAUAACGCGUCCACUGUUCAUCUGUAAAUCAUGGGUUAAAGUCUAGCAGGAAUUUUAAUAUUUUUACGUCACCCGAGUCACUCAGUUGACCUAGUCUGCGUCCGUCGUCAUCUGUUAACAACUUCUUUUCAAAAACUACUGGGCCAAUCUUGAUCGAAUUUGGUAUGUGUUGGUGUAUUAGAAUUCAUUUUAAACAUAUUUACAUAUGUAUAUAUAAAGUUGUGAAUAAGUAUACAUUUCUGAUCUAAAUGAUAAAUUUGCUGACAAGAAAAA